AUGCCACUCCCACCAGAAGACCUCUUCCCCUCCGAGGCCGCAUUCGCCAAGUUCGGCAGCAGGAGGAGCGUCGUUCAUAGCACCAAGGGCAUAGUCGCCUGCACUCAGCCCCUGGCAGCCAAAUGUGGCAUCGCGAUCCUCGAUGCUGGAGGCAAUGCAGCUGACGCUGCUGUUGCCGUGGCGGCCGGCAUGAACAUGACGGAGCCAUGCUCCACGGGCAUCGGCGGUGACAUGUUCUGCCUAUUCUACGACGCCAAGACCUCCAAGGUCAGCGCGCUCAACGGGUCCGGGCGGACCGGCGCCAAGUGCACCCUGGCCGAGCUCCUGAAGGACCUGGGCCCGGACGCCGACCAUAUCCCGGCCGGCAGCGUGCACGCCGUGACGGUGCCGGGCGCGGCGGCCGGGUGGGUCGACACGGUCCAGCGGUUCGGCUCCGGUCUGCUCAGCAUGGAGCAGAUCCUCUUGCCAGCGGUGACCAUGGGCGAGAAGGGCUUUCCCGUGAGCGAGCUGGCGGCCAGGAUGUGGUCAGGGUCGGAGAAGCUGCUGAAGGAGGCGAGCCAGAACGGAUACGAGAUGCUCAAGAAGGACGACGCUGCCCCUGGCGGUUACCGGGCGCCGAGGGCGGGCGAGAUCAUGAAGAACCCGACGCUGGCCAGGACGUUCCGGACGCUCGCUGCGGAGGGGAAGGAAGGGUAUUACACGGGGCGCAUUGCGAAGGAGAUUGUCAAGGUCGUGCAGUCCAUGGGCGGCCGCCUGGAGGAGGAAGACCUUCGACACCACCUCGAUCUGGGCAGCGGGUCGCCAGAUCCCAUAUCUCUCAAGUUCAGGGGCCAGGGCCUGCAGAGGGGCAAGAAGCGCCAGGCGGACGGCGCGGUCAAGAACGGCGUCGACAGCAACGACAACGGCGUCGAGCUGUGGGAGCACCCGCCCAACGGGCAGGGCAUAGUCGCGCUCAUGGCGCUGGGCAUCAUGCAGGAGCUCGAGAAGCAGGGCAAGAUCCCGACCUUCGAGCCCGAGGACCACAACACGGCGCCGUACCUGCACGCCAUCAUCGAGUCUCUGCGCAUUGCCUUUGCCGAUGCCAAGUGGUGGGUCGCCGACCCUGACGUCUCCACGGUGCCCUCCCAGGGCCUCCUCUCGGAGGAGUACCUCGCUGAGCGCGCCAAGCUCUUCGACCCGAACAAGGCAUCCAAAGGCACCAUCACGCACGGAUCGCCGGCGCUGCGGAGCAGUGACACGGUGUACUUUGCCGUGUCCGACUCGGAAGGCAACGCCAUAUCCUUCAUCAACUCCAACUACGAAGGCUUCGGGACGGGCAUCAUCCCCGCGGGCUGCGGCUUCACGCUGCAGAACCGAGGGUCCAACUUCGACCUCGGGCCCGCGGAUCACCCCAACCUCUACGCGCCUGGCAAGCGGCCCUACCACACCAUCAUCCCGGGCCUGGUGACCAACACCGGGGACAACUCGCUGCACAGCGUGUUCGGCGUCAUGGGCGGCUUCAUGCAGCCGCAGGGCCACCUCCAGGUGCUGCUGGGCCAGAUCGUCGCCAAGCUGAGCCCCCAGCAGGCGCUGGACGCCCCGAGGAUAUGCAUCCGGCCCGAGCCCGGCAGCAAUGGCCUGAUCGUCGAUGUGGAGCACGGGAUUCCGGACGAAGUCAUCGCGGGGCUGCAGAGAUUGGGCCACCAGACCCAGACGGUGAGCGCAUAUAGGAGAGCCGUCUUCGGGAGGGGCCAGGUGAUCAGGUGGACGGUGGACCCGUUGGAAGGCACCGGUGUUUGGUCUGCCGGUAGCGACCUGCGGGGUGAUGGAGCUGCGUAUCCCGCAUGA